AUGCGCAAUGCCUUCCUCUUGCUCCUAGCCGCAAUAUUUCACGCCAGCGCCAGCUAUCGAAUCCUGAUUUAUGGCACGACCAUUGGCUACUCGCACGUUCGCUUUCACGCCAAACUCGCCGAUGUCCUCGUCGAUGCCGGCCACACUGUGGUGAUUCUCCUCUCCGAGUUGAAUCCAAACAUUAAACUCGGCGACACCAAGGCGGAGGUGAUCACGGUGCCAGCUUCGGAAGAAACGACAGCUAUUCAGGCAGCCGGCGAGAAGGGGACCCUCGUUGGCUUCUGGACCUCAGAUAUCAAUGACCUAUCCGGGACGUUGCCGAUGUUCCAAGAGAUCUCAAAUAUGGCCACCACGCAAUGUACAAAGACCCUGGCAUUUGCCGGUUUGUUGGAGCGGUUGCAGCACUACAAAUUCGACGUGGCCCUCUCGGAGACGUGGGAUUUGUGUGGAUUUGGCCUCUUUCAACAACUCGGCAUCGAGAAAUACGCAAUCACGAUGACCAAUCACCUUGAGGAGGGCGCGGCGGCGAUCUUGGGAGUUCCAAAUGCCCCAUCUUGGGUGCCCGGGGUGGUGAUGGGCCAUGGCGAGGAGAUGAGCUUCAUGGAGCGCGUCGAGAAUCUGCGGGCAAACUAUUAUAGCACAAAGGUAUACGACCUACUUAUCGACGAUAUGCAAAGUCUGUUCGACCUGAAGUACGGGAGCUUUGCCUCAUUUCGGGAUCUACUAUCAAACACUUCUCUGGUGUUUACAAAUAGCGACCCGCUGCUCGACUUCCCGAAACCGACGCUGCAUAAAGUAAUCGAUCUUGGUGGGAUUACGGUGGCUGAUGUGACGCGGAAUUUGACUUCAGAAUGGGAACGGAUUCUGUCGCGCCGCGCGCGGACUGUGCUCGUCUCCUUUGGAACGGUAGCAAAGGCGCACGCAUUGCCCGACGACUACAAAACGGGAAUGAUGGAGGCGUUUGACGAGUUUCCGGAUGUGACGUUCGUGGUGAAGCACGAGAAACCAGAUGACGAUUGGAAGAAUGACCAGGGGAAUAUCCAGCUGACGAAAUGGAUGCCGCAGAGCGAGAUGCUGGCCGAUGACCGAGUUGCGGCGAUAAUGACGCAUUGCGGCAUCGCGAGUAUGUAUGAAGCGGCGGCCAGGGGCGUACCCAUGAUUGCCGUCCCGCUUUUCCACGAUCAGAUCCGAAAUGCGAGGCUGAUCGAGCGCGCCGGCACCAGUGUCAGGUUCAACAAGUUGCAGCUGAACGACAAGGAGGCCCUCGCCCAGGUGAUUCGCGAUGUUCUCGACAACAAAAAAUAUAAAAAACGAGCCGUCGAGGUCGCAGCGAUGCUCGAUGAUCGUCCGUUUUCCCCGGAGACGCUAUUCACGAAAAAUGUCGAAUUUUUGGCUGCGCACGGACCAUUGAGGAAUCUGGAGCCUUUUUCCAAGGAAAUGGGAUGGCUCGCCUACUACAAUGCCGACAUCAUCUUGGUCGCCAUUGGAUCUGUAUUGUUUGUUUUGGUUGGGCUGGCGAUCUGCGUUUGCCUGGCCUGCGUCUUCAUCCAGCACCGUCGGUCGGAGUACGGGCGAUGCGCCGACGACGAUUACUUCUUACAUUCG